GAAAUCAGACGAUUGGCAGUCGCUUGCACAUACUCUCCUCCACUAUUCGGCUUUGCUGCCGCGGCAUCACGCCUUCUUCAGCUCGGCUCAAGCCGACGUUCUAUCGAAUACACCCGUGUCCAAAAACGAGACUUUCACGAGAAUGGAAAAUGGUUAUGCUUUUUACUCAGAGAUAUGAUAAUACUACUUAGUUGGCACCGUUUGAAAUAUGGUGCGUUAGUUGCAUUUGGCAGCGGUUUGUUAACUACACAUAACUAG